AUGGCCAAACAGUACGAUGUGCUCUUCCGACUCCUGCUGCUCGGAGACUCCGGGGUCGGGAAAACCUGUUUGUUGUGCAGAUUCACGGACAACGAGUUCAACCCGUCUCACAUCUCCACCAUCGGCGUCGACUUCAAAAUGAAGACACUGCUAAUAGAUGGUAUCAAAGUGCGGACACAGAUAUGGGACACUGCGGGUCAGGAGAGAUACCAGACCAUCACCAAGCAGUACUACAGACGAGCACAGGGAAUCUUCCUGGUGUACGAUAUCACAAGUGAGCGAUCCUUCCAGCACAUCAUGAAAUGGGCCAGUGACGUGGACGAGUACGCUCCUGAGAAGGUCCAGAAGAUCCUCGUGGCGAACAAGUCGGACGAGGUGGACAAACGGCAGGUGGCCACGGAGCAAGGCAUCAAGUUGGCCAAGGCUUAUGGAAUGGACUUCUUCGAGACAAGUGCCUUCACCAACCACAACAUAGCAGAGUCUUUCACCAGAUUGGCUGAACAGGUGCUGGCGGCCAAUAAAAAGGACCUGGAUCUUCUCCGGAUGUCGGAUAAUGACGAGCUGGACCUUACGGCUCUGGAGGAGGAGGAGGGGCUCUGCGGCUCUGCGGCGGACGACCAACGCAAAGGCUGCUGGUGUUAAAGUGACCGUGUGGACAGCGUGAUUGUUUUUUUGUUUUUUUGGGUUGAAUAUACGUCAUCGCCACACACUUCGGACGCUCCUGGAAAAAAAUGUCCUUUGGUAAUUGGCUUCUGUAGGUCCCUGUGUUUGCUACAGCGUCAGGUUCAAGGACAAACAUUUUGCCGAAUGGUGCCAAGUGUGUGGUGAAGCAACCAAGUGAAGGUCCAAAUGUCCAGGUUUCCACUCGGUGGCUCGGAAAUGUUCAUUUUGCUCAAAAGCACCAGUUCCUGCUCAGUUCCAUUCAGCGUAUCUUUGAUGUAACCAAAUAAAAUCUCUGUCCAGUCAAAAAAAAAAAUCAGUGGCAAACCUACAAAACGUCCUGAAGAGCUGCAAAACCACGACUUCAUCUUUUAUCAGAGUUACACGGAUGUAUAGAGGAUGAAGAGAGGAUAGGGAAUGACUUGAAACUUCACCACUGACUUGAAAUCAUUUUUUCUCAAUUCUCU